AAAAAAUAUAAAAUUAUGGCCCGCCCCAGCUGGUCUUGGACGCGGGUGCAUUAAUCAGCGAAAUCGAAAUGCUCACCGGCGGCGUUUCCUUGCGUGCGAAAGAACACGCCGGGCCCAAAUGGGGCCGGCCCGUCGGUCCGGCCGCCCGGGCCGGUUGCCAGCCUUGGCCUUCCUGUUGCGGCUUCCUUCGGAGACUUGCGAAGCAAGCACGCGCGGGGGCGCUUGGCUGCGUUUCGCCCCUGGUGUGCCGGCCGCGCUUAUCAAGCUGCC